AUGAGCAGCGAUGCAAAGAUGGAAAUCAGCGAGGCGGCAAAGUCUGGUGACGGUACCCUUGCCAACGUCGGCAUCAAGGUGAACGGGAAGUUCAAGUCACCCGUCAACAACCAGUUGUUUGACACAAAAGAGGCCCUCGAUCUCCACUUGAAGUACCUUCACGACCCGAAGAAGGUCAACCCAAACGUCGAGGAAUGA